AUGUCUUCCACGGCCACGGGAAGCUCGAGUGACAACAACCCUUACCAAUUUAUUACUCUGAGUCAAAGUCCUCGUCAGCGGACCAGCAGGAAUUAUGUGCUCAAAUUGCGACAACAGCCAAAGCACUCGCGAAUGUGUGGAUUUGGAGAAAAAGUGGACCGCCGUCCGCUAGAUCCUCCUCCAAUUUAUUGUAAGUUUCAUCAAUUGGAAAUUCAAAAUACUACCUCGGCAGAUGAAAACUCGUAUCUAUACAAUCCGUACUACUUUAUGUAUGCGUCCUUGAUUUCUCCAGACAGCGAGGAGGAGCUUCAUUUGCUGCGUGACGGCAAGACGCGGUCCACCACAGGCUCCAUCGUCUCUUCUCUCUAUCGUUUGAAAGAUUUGGACAAUAAGGAUGGCGCAUUUUUCGUCUUUCCGGAUCUCUCUGUCCGAAUGGAAGGAGCUUAUCGCUUAAAGUUCUCCUUAUUCGAAAUUAUCAACACGGAAAUAUAUUAUUGCACAUCCAUAUGCUCAGAUGUGUUUAACGUGUAUCCAGCCAAAAAGUUCCCUGGCAUGGAAGAAUCAACGUUUCUCUCGAGAACUUUUGCUGAACAAGGUCUAAAAAUAAGAAUCCGCAAAGAGUUGCGGAUGCGCAAGGGACGAGGAAAAAAGGGCAACAAUGACGCAGAGGAUAGCCCAGAUCCCAAAAAACGUGGACGUAAAAAGAGUCGGCGUGCGAGCAUGGAUGGCAGUGAUAAUGGAUCCGAAUCUGGUUUUUCGGACGACGGUCGCAGUGAACCCGCCCAACGACGCCGCAUUGACAGAAAUAGCAAGGAUUCAUCUGCUAAAGAUGGAAGUGAUAAGCUGGCACAUGGUCAGCAGCCCUUCCCUGGGUACGAUCGUCGUAUGGAUGGAUAUGAUCCAUCAAGACCCAUGAACUCAAUGGGACAUCCGGAUCCCCGCCAUUACGGGCAUUUGCCACAUGAUUCAUCCGGGCAUGUUUACCCUCAUUACGGGCCGAUGCCUGGCAUGCAGCCAAAAGUGUGGCCCGGUCAUGGUGAUCCGUACCAGUCGAGUGUUCCGCCUCACUACGCGCCCAUACCCCACUACGAGUCAGGUGCACCGUAUCCACCGCCGCCAACUGGUGGACCGUCCGGCCCAGAAGAAUAUCCUGUUCCUUACGAUGUCAAUCAACGGCCGGGCUACCCGCCUCAUCAUUAUGCUCCUCGUGACCAUGAGAGGUCCAUGGCGGACUGGCAUCAUCGGGAGUAUCCUCGUCAUCCGGCUUAUGGACCAGGUCCGUAUAUGACAGCACAUGGAUAUGAUGACCCUCAAGCACGGCCUCCCACGCAAGUGAGUAAUGAGCAUGCAGGUGUACCACCGCCACCAUCUGGCCCUUAUUACGGCCAUCAUCCUGCCGCACCAAAGCCUGGAGAUUACAAGCCGGACGUCCAUGCGCAUGUCGCAAAGUAUCCACCCAAUUACUCGUUUAAUUCCAACUUUCACGUCCCGCCGCCUCAUCCUUCCACGGAUGCCGCCGGCACUGUGCGCCCUCCCCAACAUGCAGAGUACCCGCACCAUAUGCAUAGUUCAGACAAACCGUAUUCGGCACCUCAUCCAGGUGCCCAUGUUGGACAUGCCCCUUAUUAUGGGGGUGCCCCGUACCCGCCAACAUCAGGUGGCUCUGCGGCACCGCAGCCUCCUGCUGCAGGCAUGUCGUACGCUUAUCAGACGGCUCCAGCGGGACCGCCUGCCACAGGAAAUGAAACUGCAAUGGGCGGUCAACAAACAGGUUCUCGUGACGCACGAUCGGGUGGUACUCCACAAAAAGCCCCUGGGCCAGACGAAAGUGCCGGAUUCGCAAGCUAUCCACCGCAAUAUGCUGCAUAUGGUCAGUAUAAGCUCCCACCCAUCCAUGAAAUUACUGAUAAAAACCGCCCUCAGCAGCCUGGACAGGGUCAGGCACCCAGCCAACAAACAGCGCAGCAACAGGCUCAGCAGCAGCAGCAGCAGCAGCAGCAGCAGAUUCCCGUCCCGCAGCAAGCUCAGGCAAUGGCACAUCAACAAACCUCUCCAACAGCGGGGCGCGGAACGGAAGGAGGAUGGAUGUAG